AUGGGAUUGUUUAUUCGUCUUGCCGUCGUGAAAAGGUUGAGGAAGAAGGUAGAAGGACGAUGCAGAAGGAGAAGAAGAGUCAUCGUGAAGGCCGGUUCGAGAUCAGCUACCUUUAAGGAGAUCCCCGAGGAUGUUUUGAUGGAGAUUCUGGCGAGAUUACCUGCAAAUUCAGUGACGAGGUUCAAGUGCGUGUCAAAGCACUGGUCUUCUCUCAUCUCCUCUCGAUAUUUUACCAACCUUUUCUUCGAAGUGUCAUCUCCGAAGCGAGAACCACGUCCGUUCAUGUUUUUGUCAGACAAGGGACACCAAUAUGCGUUGCUCUCUACUAAUAAUAGUUUUGAAGUGGACUCUGUUCCUUAUCUAAACCAAGAUCUGACCUUGCCGGGAAUGGGAGGCUACUUUGUAAACUCACUUCGUGGCUUGAUGUGUUUCAGAGUUGGACGAGAGGUACGGAUCUGUAACCUCACCACUAAGCAGCUUGUGAACUUGCCCAAAGUGAAAUCCAACUUGUUGGAUGAAGUUGAAGGAGAUUUCCAUAUGUGGAACUAUUUUGGGCACGACUCUGUUAAUGAUGAAUACAAAGUGCUUAGCAUAGUGUGGGAGGUGAGCAAGGAAGAAAGAGUAGUGAGAUCCGAGCAUCAGGUGUUUGUACUUGGUUCUGGAGCUUCAUGGCGAGGUACUCACAGUACCAUUCAUCCUCCUCCCCAUCGUCCUUACUCACAAGGUAUCUCCAUCAACGGUGUCUUGUAUUAUGGAGCUCGGGUUCAUAAGAAUAAAUGUGUGCUCAUGAGUUUUGACUUGAUUACUGAGGAGUUUAAUUUGAUUGAAUUACCCAUCGAGGCUUGCAUCGUCGGGAAUACCCGUUGCGCUAAUCUCAUGAUCUACAGAGGUAAAGUAGCUGUUUUUGAGUACUCCCGUCUCAUGACUGAAUGUAUUCUAGACCUCUGGGUGGUUGAGGAUGCAAGGGAGAGUGAAUGGUCGCAUAAGGCUUUUGUUUUACCUAGUCACCAGCUUAUGCAGAGCCUCCGUUUUGAUGAGUUGUUGAUGCACAAUACCAGUCGCAGCGGAGAGCUCAGGUUGUCUGAGGGAAGCUUUGAUAAAACUAAAGUAUCAAUGCAUGUUAUUUACGAUUUGGAUAAGAAUCGUGUAACACGAGGGGUUGUUAUAGGGUCAUUAUACCCCAGGUUCUCUGGAACCGGUUUUUCGCAUACCACUCUUUGGGAUGAUGUUGAGAGCAUCAUGUGUUUGAAAACCUUAAACUAAUUUCAGCUUCUUCUUUUUGUUUGUUUAUCUUUCUUGAAACUAUAUAAAUACUCUCUCUUCAACAUAAUAAGCACACAGCUAAUUGUUAUGUGUUCAAGCUGAUGUCUUUAGAUAUCUCAAACCAAAAACUGUAAUCCCUUUUGUCUCUGGUUAUCUUCUACGAAUUAUUCAUGCAAGUGGAAUAAAAUCUUUGUCAUUGCAUUCA